AUGUACCCUACCAAUGUCAGCUGGGACUGGCUUUGCAACGCUGCCAGGGGUGAACAGUUUCUGCGUGAGGCAGGCUGGGAGAGAAGCGCUGAGCCUCCGGCAGCGGAGGUCCUUCAGGAGUCACUGCAGGAAGCUCGCCUACGCCAAGGACCUGUUCCUGGGUCAGGUGAACAAGGCGGAGGUCUUCCUUACCCUGAAAUUGGAAAUGAAGAAGUGGAGGAGAUCAACCAGCUCGUCGCACCAGUGGAAAGGUUCUUCAACGAGGAAGUCGACUCGUCAAAGAUCGACCGAGAAGCUAAAAUCCCUCCAGAGACUCUGAAUGGGCUGAAGGAGCUUGGACUGUUUGGAAUCAUGAUUCCUGAAGAGUACGGGGGUCUUGGGUUGUCCAACACCAUGUAUGCACGUCUGGCAGAGAUCAUCUCAUUAGAUGGCUCUAUUGCUGUAACACUGGCUGCACAUCAAGCCAUCGGGCUGAAGGGGAUUCUGAUAGCAGGGAAUGAAGCCCAGAAGCAGAAGUAUCUGCCCAAACUGGCCUCAGGAGAACACAUCGCAGCUUUCUGUCUGACAGAGCCUGGAAGUGGAAGCGAUGCGGCUUCCAUUCAGACUCGCGCAGUCCUGUCAGAAGACGGAAAACACUUCCUGAUCAGUGGUUCCAAGAUUUGGAUUUCAAACGGGGACAUGGCAGAUAUCAUGACAGUGUUUGCCAGGACGGAGGUGCUUGUCGAUGGCGUGAAGAAAGAUAAGAUUACAGCAUUUAUCGUGGAGAGGGCUUUUGGUGGCGUCACGAGCGGCAAGCCAGAGGACAAGCUGGGCAUCCGGGGCUCCAACACAUGUGAAGUGUCCUAUGACAACGUCCCGGUGCCAGUGGAGAAUGUAAUAGGAGAAGUAGGCGGUGGAUUCAAGGUUGCCAUGAACAUCUUGAACUCAGGGAGGUUCAGUAUGGGCAGUUCUUCAGCUGGAAUGAUUAAAAAACUGAUUGCGAUGACCUCCGAGUACGCUGCGACCAGAAAACAGUUCAACAAAAGCCUGAGUGAAUUUGGGAUGAUCCAGGAGAAGUUCGCACUGAUGGCUAUUAAUGCCUUUGUGAUGGAGAGCAUGGCAUACCUGACAGCCGGGAUGAUGGACAGGCCGGGGCUUCCAGACUGUUCUCUCGAGGCUGCCAUGGUCAAGGUGUUCAGCUCAGAGGGAGGCUGGAUCUGUGUCAGUGAAGCUCUGCAGAUUCUCGGAGGUCUGGGCUACACAAAGAACUACCCGUAUGAGCGCUACGUCAGGGACUGUCGCAUCCUGCCUAUCUUUGAGGGAACCAAUGAAAUCUUGAGGAUGUACAUCGCUCUCACUGGAAUGCAGUAUGCUGGCAAAAUCCUCACAGCAAAAGUCAAGGAGAUGAAGAAAGGAAAUAUAGGUACGGUUUUUAGCAUGGUCGGCAAGAAACUGAAGGACACAUUCAGAAGUUCAGUGGACCUCGGCCUCACGGGAAAAGAUGGAGUGGUGCAUCCCAGCUUGGCAGAAAGUGCAAAGAAGAUGGAACAGAACAUCUACCUUUUGGGGUUGACUGUGGAGAGCCUGCUGUACAGAUAUGGAAAGACCAUUGUUGAUGAACAGCUCCUCCUGAAGAGAGUAGCAGAUGUGCUGAUCAACGUCUACGCCAUGACGGCUGUCCUGUCCAGAGCCAGCCGCUCCAUCAGCAUCGGCCUCAGGAAUCAUGACCACGAGGUGCUGCUCGCAAACACAUUCUGCACCAACGCUUUCUUCAAGAACAACUACUUGAUGACUCAGUUGCAAAAACACUCUCCUGAGAACGACGACGCAAACAUCAAGAAGAUCGCCAGGGAGGUCUUAGAGAACAGAGCCUACGUCUGCUCUCACCCUCUUGAAAGAACAUACUGAGCUCUGCAGUGCAACCAUAAUGCAGUGUCUCCUCUGUUCUGCUUGGACAAUAUGGAUGAGUCCAAUUCAGUCCUAAUGAUUGCUGAUAUAUUCUGACUUAGCUUGACAUUAUUUGUACACUAAUGUAAUUAAUGAAAAGAUUUAUGAGGCUUUUUUGUUGUUUAAUGUUUUAAUUAAUUAUGGCACAAGAUACUGGCUUCAAUGCUUGUGAGACUAUUUGGUAUAACAGGUAUGGUUCUUGUGGGUUCUGACUUCUACAAUAUUCCUGAAAGGCCGGACUGGUGUAUGCGUCUUUAUGUGAGACACUGCUGAAAGGUGAAGAUACUCCUCUCCUCGUCUGUCAGAGGCGGGGCGCUCCGCUUGUGCAGGAAUGAACGCUCCGUACUGAAUACACUGCAGGGAGCAAAGACAACAGACCAUGUGAACACAGAACCCUUUGGUGGUUAUUAGUAUCUGUUGAGUUUCUGAAUAAAUAUUUUAAGUUAAAAUGA